UUGAAAGAAAAAUCCAGUUUGCUUCCUGGGCGAAGUGGUGUCGCGAAAAUUGCAAUUUCUACAGUGAAACUUGUUCCUGAGUGGCCAGAUCCGUCGGAAAUUUGAGCCCGCAAGUGUCCGCUACCGUUCACUGUCGAAAUGGUUCCGUUUUCCGGCAGCGAAAUGCUGCUCCGGACAGUGUUUUAAAACAGCGAAAAAAAAAAAAUCAAAUCACCUCCCCUAGGUGCGAGAGGCUGCUGCAGCUCUUCGCUCGUUUCUUCAUAAUCAUCAUCAUUAUUACCGUCAUCAAUUUAGCAUCAUCGUUCCCGUAAUCAGUGUGUGUAGUAAUCGUCAACAGAGGAGGAGAGGGUUGCGAUACCGUUGUUUUUGUGGGAUUUUAGCAGCAGUCGGAUUAGUGGAUUAGAUCGAGGCCGCCACGGAGGAGCAGGAAAGCCAGGAGUUGGUUUAGCCGCCGCCGAAGAAGAGCGCCGUAGGCCGAAGAAAAAAGGCUUCAUCGCUCUUUUCUACGGCCAGGGUUCGCAGGAAAAGUUACAAAGAUAGAUACCGUGUGGGGUUGGGCCUCUGCCCCGCUGCGCCUAGCGGCCAACAGAAUGGGCGACGUGCUAAUUUCCGAUCGUCCUCCGUCUCCGGCGAGACUAUCGCACACCUCGGAGAAACACCCGCGAGUCACACUGACCGAGCUGAAUGUUCUGCGCCGACAUCGGGAGCUAUGUGAUGUGGUCAUCAACGUCAGCGGACGGAAAAUAUUUGCUCACCGUGUCAUCCUGUCUGCGUGCAGUCCGUAUUUUCGGGCCAUGUUUACUGGAGAGUUGGAAGAAUCUCGUCAGACUGAAGUGACCAUUCGGGACAUUGAUGAAAACGCAAUGGAACUGCUGAUUGAUUUUUGCUACACUUCACACAUCGUCGUCGAGGAAUCGAACGUGCAAACCCUGCUUCCGGCGGCAUGUCUACUGCAGCUGGCGGAAAUACAGGACAUUUGUUGCGAAUUUCUCAAACGACAACUGGAUCCGACUAAUUGUUUGGGUAUUAGAGCAUUCGCCGAUACGCACUCGUGUCGCGAGUUGCUUCGAAUUGCAGAUAAGUUUACGCAGCACAACUUUCAAGAAGUGAUGGAAAGUGAGGAGUUUUUGCUGCUUCCGGUCGGUCAGUUAGUGGACAUAAUCUGCAGUGAUGAGCUGAACGUACGCUCGGAAGAACAGGUAUUCAACGCCGUGAUGGCCUGGUUGAAGUACAACGUUGCUGAACGUCGACAGCAUCUGGCUCAGGUGCUGCAGCACGUCCGAAUGCCUCUGCUGAGUCCAAAAUUCUUAGUGGGAACGGUUGGAUCAGAUCUACUUGUACGGUCCGACGAAGCCUGUCGUGAUCUGGUGGACGAAGCGAAGAACUAUCUAUUACUUCCACAAGAACGCCCCCUGAUGCAGGGCCCCAGGACCCGUCCAAGGAAACCGACACGAAGGGGAGAAGUCCUGUUCGCCGUAGGUGGAUGGUGCUCGGGUGAUGCGAUCGCAUCUGUCGAACGAUUCGAUCCGGAGACGGCCGACUGGAAGAUGGUUGCUCCGAUGAGUAAGCGCCGCUGUGGCGUCGGAGUGGCAGUGUUGAAUGAUCUCCUGUAUGCCGUCGGAGGACACGACGGGCAGAGCUAUCUGAAUAGUAUCGAGCGAUAUGAUCCGCAGACUAACCAGUGGAGCUGUGACGUCGCUCCAACCACUAGCUGUAGGACCAGUGUGGGAGUAGCCGUGCUAGAUGGAUUCCUGUAUGCCGUUGGUGGACAGGAUGGGGUGCAGUGUUUGAACCAUGUCGAACGGUACGACCCUAAGGAAAACAAAUGGUCCAAGGUGGCUCCGAUGACAACCCGUCGGUUGGGUGUGGCCGUGGCUGUGCUAGGAGGAUACCUUUAUGCCAUCGGCGGUUCCGAUGGCCAGUGUCCGCUGAACACGGUGGAAAGGUACGAUCCUAGGCAGAACAAAUGGUGCGCGGUUAGUCCCAUGUCGACCCGGCGAAAGCAUCUCGGCUGUGCGGUGUUCAACAACUUUAUCUAUGCCGUCGGUGGACGCGAUGAUUGUAUGGAGCUGUCGUCCGCAGAACGGUACAAUCCGCACACGAACUCGUGGAGUCCCAUAGUGGCGAUGACGUCCAGAAGGAGUGGGGUCGGCUUGGCGGUGGUCAACGGUCAGCUGUACGCCGUGGGUGGCUUCGACGGAACGGCCUAUCUGAAGACGAUUGAAGUGUACGACCCGGAAACGAACCAGUGGCGACUGUGCGGCUGUAUGAACUAUCGUCGGUUGGGCGGCGGCGUCGGCGUCAUGCGGGCACCCCAGACCGAAAAUUACAUGUGAUCUCAUCCCGCUUUCUACUGCAAAUGUAUUUUUUUUUCCUUCUUAUUAUUUGUUUUAGUAACCUUAGUGUUUUUCCAAGUUUUAACUCCUGUGAAUCCCAACUAUCGCAUAAUUCGAUUGUAUUAGACUAAAGCAAAAUAUUGAAAGAGAGAAAAACAUGAAGGUUACAAUCGGAAUCCUUUACUGAAUUCUCAAUGUGAUUAAUGUUAAGAGCGAAAGAGAUAAAGCGAAUUAAAAAAAUAAUAAACUUAAGAAAGAGGAUCGUUUUUACUUUUGACGCAAAAAAAAAGCAAACUAUUAACUACCUUACAGCAAAUUAUAAAACAUGGAAAACAAAAAUGAAUGAGCGGCUCGUGUUAAUAUUCAAUCAACGUACUUUCGGUUCGAUUUUCGCAGAAAAUGCUUGAAUUUACUUUUGGUUCUGCUCAUUGUGGCAUUCGAAAAUCGAAACUUUGACUAGGCAUAGAAACAAGAGACAUCGUAAGAAACGUUAUACGUGUAUUAACCGAUGAAACCAAAAUUUUAACGCUUAAUGAUCCCGGUUACGGGGAGCUGCUCCAAGCUCUCACAUUUUGGAGUGCUGCCGCGAAGAGAGAGAAAAAAAAAUGGGACAGACAAAAUGACACCCAAUAAAAAAACGAGAAAAUGACGUUUUUCGUUUUUGGAAUUUUUAGACAAUUUCCUCCCUCGGGCUUAAAGCAGCAGAGUCGACACACUA